GGCGUUUCUGUCUGAGGAAUCCCAGCUCUCCUCCAGGCACUACGAAUGAGCUCCAGAGAGGCUUGGGUUGUUUUGGGGGCUGUGCAGCUUCCAUGCAGUGACGUGAUGGCUGCGCCCGCAGUGAUCACGGUUGGAUAAUAAUAAAUCCCUGGUUUUGGAGGCAAUGUCUGAUGUUACGCUGCUCUUCUCCUUUGCUCUCAUUGCUGAACCUGGCAAAACGCUUCCCCUGGGGGUGGAUCUGCUGGGCUGGGCAGGUGGGGCUGAAGCCAACCUCUGAUCUCUGAGCACGGUGCUGUCUGCUGCCAAAGAACCUCUCUGGGUUUGAGUUUUGGUGCUGCUGAGGAACAGAUGUGAGUUGUGGGUAAAACAGCCGCUGAAUGCAGGCAGUGGGGGUGGAGGGUUUGUGUCCCUUUGGGAUGAGACUUGGAGGCGGCCGAGCUCCCGUGGGCUUCGUUGGUUGGAAAGCAGUGGGAAGGACAGAGCAGCGUGGGGAGGGCUGUGAGCAAACCUGCUUGCUCUCCAGCAUCCCUGCAGGUGUGUGCAGAGCCGAGAUGUGGCUGCUGUGCUGGAGAUGCCACCACUGUGCAGGCAGUAAGUGGGAGCUGUGUGCCAGUGACAGCAGCGCCAUUCGUCACUGAGAUGCUCACCUUCUCACCUCCCGGACCAGGGAGGGCUGAGGUAAGAACCUGGGAUGCUGCAGCCCUCCUUGCCCUUCCCAAAGCACAGCAAGUGGCCCCGUGAGGCAUCGUGGUGUGAGGAGAGCUGCCUGGUGCCUUCCGUGCUGAUUCAGGCUCAUAGGGAUGCAUGGUUUUGUGUCUGAUGUUUCCCUGCUGUGCUUUUUUUACUGGGCAGCUUUGCCCACAGCAGAUCAGUCAGGGUUUGCCUUUGGGCCGAGCCCAUGAGCUGCCUCAGGAAGACUGGAGUGAUGUCCUGAAAGGAAGACAUGGAUCCAUUUGUUCACCAAGGACCUUCAGGAGCAGCUCUGGUUUCAGUUCCCUGUGCAGCUGUAAAAUGUCAGCACAGGUGGUGCCAAAAUCACUUAGAAAUGAGAACUGCAAACUCAAUUGUACCAACCAGAGCAAAACCUUCUGCUGGGGUAAAGCAGAGUUGGGUCCCUUUGGUGCUGCCUUGCGAGUCUGCAGAUCAGAGGGAAUGGCAUCCAUCCAAUCCAAUGUGUCUGCAGGGACACAUUGCUGCUCCAUAAGGCUGUCAGGCAGUGUGAAGUGCUGCUUUCCAGGGCUGGCAGAAUCCCUGUGCCCCACAGCUGUGCCAGGGAGGUGCAUUUGUCCCCAGGCUGGUCGGUGGAUGGUGCCUCAUUCGGUGAUAACGGCCCAGCUGGGAAAUGCCCGCCGACCCCCAGGUUGUUUUUCCCACUGCCCUGAAGGCGUUUUCCUUCUGCGUUUCUGCUGCCAAAGCUGAACGUUCAGCCCUGGCACUGGAGAACGGGGGUCCUGGGGAAGGUUGUUACCGUUCUCUUCCUGCACGCUGCUUGGAAACCCACGGGAGGUGAUGGCAGCAUGGGGAGCUGUGGGGUGAAGGAGCAAUUCCUGAGGUUGGUCCCUGCCUGCAGCAGGGGGGCAGGGCAGCCCCUUGUUGCCCCUCAGCCACGAGGUAUCGUGGUAAAAACGUCCCACGUUGCAGCAGCCUGGGGCUCUCAAGGAUUUUUCCAUCGGUGCCUGAAAGCAGCCAGCAGCCUUCGUUGGGGGCUGAGGGUUUCUUUCCGAAGCCGAUUGAGGGAGCAGAGAGAGAUUUAUUUGAGAAGCAGUUUAAUGCUUGGACUCCGCAUCCCCAAAACCUCCUCCCUGUGGGUCUGCCUGCCCCGGGCUGUGGAUUGGGGCCGUCCCCCGGGGUGUCCCAGCGAGGUGCUGAGGGGGAUCUUCGUGCCUUUGUGUUGCAAAUCUUUGCAGGAAAUUGAUGUGGGAAGGAGCUGCUGCUCCUCGGCGGAUCCCCGCCUGCUUAGCGAGUUAUAAAUGCGGCGCCGGGUUUGCAGAGGGGAGCGAAGCCGGGACAGCAGAGCCAUGCUGGGCGCCGUGCUGCUGCUGCUGGCCUUGGCACGGCCGGCAUCCACGGAAAGCCGCAGGGCCGAGGCUCUCAAAAAGCUGCUGGAAGUUUUUGGCAUGGAGGACCCCCCGCCCCCCCCGGCCCACGUCAAACAGCCGCCGCAGUUCAUGGUGGAUCUGUUCAACGCGGUGGCCAACGCCGACGGCGUCACCAAAAACCCCGACGUCCUGGAGGGGAACACGCGUGGCCAAGAAUGAGAAGAUCCUGACGGCGGAGCUGCACCUCUUCCGUCUGUGGCCGAGAGCCGCCGAGGGGCCCAGGAGGCAUCACUUCUGCCAGGUCAGCGUGUACCAAAUUCUGGACAAGGCUGAGCCGGACUCCCCCAAAGGACAGAAGCUGCUGGCAAGCAGGCUGCUCUCACUGCAGGGCUCGGGCUGGGAGGUCUUUGCCAUCACGCAGGCUGUUCGGGAUUGGACCCAAGAUGAGAGCAGCAACCGAGGUUUGCUGGUGACGGUCCACAGCCUGGGUGGCAGCACACUCGAAGCCCCCGCUGUGCAGUUCGCAUCCAGCGGGGACCACCAUGAGAGCAAGAAGCCCAUGCUGGUCCUGUUCACAGAUGAUGGGCGCCGAGGAGCAUCCCUGCCCAUGGCCGGGGUCCCAGCCUCACAGCCUCGGGAUUUCCCUGCCAAGCUGACCGGGCCGCGCAGCGCACGCUCUCUGGACCGCCUGCAGCCGUGCCAGAGGCACCCCCUGUCUGUGGACUUCGAGGAGAUCGGCUGGUCUGGGUGGAUCAUCUCCCCCCGGGGUUACAAUGCCUACCACUGCAGAGGCUCCUGUCCCUUCCCCCUGGGUGAGAACAUGAGGCCGACCAACCACGCCACCGUGCAGUCCAUCAUCAACGCCCUGAAGCUGAGCGAGGGCGUCAGCAGCCCCUGCUGCGUGCCUGACAAGCUCUACUCCAUCAACCUCCUCUACUUUGAUGACGAUGAGAACGUGGUCCUCAAGCAGUAUGAUGACAUGGUGGCUGGGAGCUGCGGCUGCCACUGAUGCAGAGAUUCCUUCCCCCAUUGCAGAGCAGCUCUGCACGGUCUCUCUUUGGCACCGCUGUGGGUUUUUGCAGAACAAAGCAAAGGGGUGCACAGCUGUGAUCCCGUUGGUGCUGGGAAGGCUCAGGGUUGGACUCAGGGCUGAUUCUGUGCAGGGUUGUGUGGGUUUUCCCACCUGUAGUGGCUGUACCAUAUGUAUAUAGUGAGAGCACUAAUAUAUGACUGAAAUCGGUGUCCUGUAAAUGUCUGUACAGUGCUGUGUUUUGUAAAGUGAACUCAGAGGAACUAUUAAACGUACUGUUG